CCUCCCUGACGUGCCUCUACGACCACGCGCUUGCCCGGUGCAGCCCACUCAUGGGCACUCACGACUCACUCUUGACGCGCGAAUGACUGGCUGACCGAGCCUUUAUAGCUCGGAAGCGCACCCCCUUUUCUGCUCAUGACUCAGCAAGACACAGCGACCCGCCUCGAGCUCGUAGCCAAGCUCGCCAUCACCCGCCGAGCGAGGCACAGCAGCACCCACCUCUGCUCCGUCUGCGAGCGGAAACGUCGAUUGAGUUGAGACCGCACGCUGCACCACCAUCCUUCGACAUUACACAGGCGGCAACAUGUCGUCGGUGACGGAUCAUUCGCCUCCUUCGUUCUAUGCAGUCUACCUGCUGCGCUCUCUAGCUUCGUCCAACUCCACCAAGACCUACAUUGGUUCCUCUCCCGAUCCAGCGAGGCGCAAGAGGCAACACAAUGGACAAUUGACAGGCGGUGCAUGGAAGACGCGCACUGGAAGACCUUGGGAGACUGUGGCUGUGGUUUGGGGAUUCGGAAGCAAGAUUGCUGCCCUUCAAUUCGAGUGGGCAUGGCAGAAACCUCACCUCUCGAGGCAUCUUCGCUCUCGCCUGCCCGUCAAUCACACCAACGAUGGCGCUGAAAGCAGCACGUCCGUCCAUGGGCGCACCGCUGCGCACACAGUCACGUCCAGCAUCAACACCAUCUCCGUCCCGCUGUUUCCUGUCAGUUCUCGAAGCACAACAGCGCCCAUGUCCAAUGGCAAGCCGUACCUGAGCGCAGGAGGCGCACCAGCAAGACUCUUGGUACUAGACGCCUUGAUCCGAUCGGAACCUUUUGCGCAUUGGGGAUUGCGCAUCACCUUCUUCGACGAGUGGGCAUGGGGAGCAUGGAGGGGAUUGCAGAGACAGCCUAGAUGCGAACCCGCAGAGACCGGCAAUUCAGUCUUGUCGGAACACGCCGACCAGGCACAAUUAUCAAGAGGAGGGAGGAGGAUGCCUCCGGAUGACUUGGUGGGCGUCACGACAGAUUUCAGGGGAGUGGAUGGCGCGAGAAAAUGCUUGACUUUGCUCGAUGAGGAUGCCCGCAAAGCGCUCAAGCUGCCAGAAGGCUCUGAAGAAGACAGGAGCAUCUCGGGCGCUCUAGGCCCACAACGAGAAGUCUUCGAGCCAACAGCUACGGUUAGGGACAAGGGCAAAGGUAAAUCGAAGGUUGCGUCGUUCGGCGCAGCCGAUGUAUGGAAUCAGGAUAUGCCUGGUUUCGCCCGUUUGCCCGGUCACUGGACCCGCGCACUUCCACGAAGCGCAAACGCAAAGGCUGUGCGUCUUACGUGGAGGGACAUCCACUGUGCUCCUCGUCAGCCUCUUUUCCCAGAGAUUGCGCCAGCUGCGAGCUUCUCAGAAGGAUUGCAAGGUUUCGAACAAGCUGGCGGGCCGUCAGCAUCGGCAUGGGCAUUGCCAGGCGGUGCAACACAACAACUCCCGUUUAGAUGUGACGAUGACGACCUCUCCGAGAUAGCAUACGAGCGGCUGCAGCAUCUGCUUCGACGGACCGGCUCGUCGCUGCAGAUAUACGCCGAGGGUCGAGAGGAAGAUGCGAUGAGGCCGGACAUCGUCGACGCGUCUUCUGUGACCUGCUCUUUGUGCAGAGAUCCGGUGGAUUUGAGAGAUCACCUCUCUUAUGCUCUAUGUCCCGCACCGAUGACGGAGAUCCGACCCAUCAGUCCACACUGGUCGGCUCUGAGCAAGAGAAGCACACUCGCGAGGCCAGCACGUUCCGAGCACUGCGAUUCGGUCUUUCACUUGCCUUGUCUUGCGCAAGAUUGGUUGAGGAGAGUUGCAGAGCGCCAAUCGAGCUGCCGCGCCAACGACGAAGAGGUGCGAGGGCUGGAGGUGGAGGGGGCAUUUUUGUUGCCCACUCAUGGAAGAUGUCCAACCUGCUCCAAAGCACUCGGUCGGAGCCCUGCGAGCGAAGGGCAUUCUCGCGAUUCGGGCCAAACAUCGCGGGACACGUUGUGGAGCGAAGUGGUGAAGAGCACGUUUAGGCGGAAAGAGCUAGCUAUCGCCAAGCUGGCCAAGAUGCGAAAAGACGCGUCGAAAGCUCAGAAGACUCAGGCUGCUCUUCUUGAGAAGGCCAGAGCGGGCAAGAGAAGGAAGAAGGGAAGCGCGGCGGAGGGGACUUUUGAUGUGCGCUCGGACACGGGCAGCAUGGACGAUGCAGGACUUUUACGGAGGCUGGAUCGACUAGCACACGCCACAGCCGGCAAGUCUGGCAAAUCUGGAAAUGCGCGUAGCGGUACGAGCGUCGCAGCUGACCGCCUAGCUACGGUCAAGCAAGGUGGCGGCGAUUGGCAAGGCACUUCGACGUCAGAAGGCGUCGAUGAUCCUGUCGCUACCGCAGCUCUGCAAGGCGCGCUCUCGGCAGAAGAAGCUGUCCAUAUGCAGAUGGACGCUACGCAAAGUGCGCGACCGAGACCCAAGCCGCAAUUUCGUUCGAACAGGGAGCUCGUCGACCCUUUUCAUCUGUCCUGCCCAUCGCCCUCGUGCUCGUCGGGCGCCAUGUCCAAUCAACUCCCCUCGUCCCGCCCAGAGCGUCCUCAUCGCUCGAAUUCCGUCUCGUGCGAAUCGAGCGGGGUCGGUGUGCAUGCUCUGCGCGCGUAUGGAUCCGAUGGUCGCGCAAUCAAGGACAAGGACAGAUCACUGGCGCUCUCGCUCUUGCCAGCGCUAGACGAGCUCACCAAUGCUUCUUCCUUUUGCGAUACCGUCGAGGGUAUGCGCAUCAGCAGCAGCAGCAGAGGUUGCGAGGCAAUAGCAGCAGCGGAGCGAGGGCGAGGGGAUGAUGGGCGAGAAAUGUGGAGGAGGAUGAGAAAGGUUGAGAGUGGUGAGGUGGCAUCGUCAUCGUCAUCGUUGGGAAGAAGGAGGAUGUUGGAAAGGACCACUUCGGCACCAUCGAGCGCACCUCGACGCGAUGCUCCUGCGGUCGAUAUCAUCGAUUUGACCUGAUCCGAUAUAUAUAUGUAUAUUUUGUUUCCACUGCGGGAGGCAAACGAAUCUAUUCCUCUCAUCUUUUGAUUACA